AUGGGUGGAGGACUACUAUCAGAUGAUGUUCCUUCAGAGGUUACUUGUGAUUCACGUUUAGAACAGAGACCUGCAAGAACCGUGCUUUUGGUAGGGCGUUCAGGUAAUGGGAAAAGCGCUACAGGGAAUAGCAUUCUUGGAAGGCCAGCCUUCGAGUCGAAAGGUCGUGCAUCAGGGGUGACUACAGUCUGUGAGCUACAGAGUUCGACGCUACCUAAUGGCCAGAUCGUUCAUGUUAUUGAUACUCCUGGUCUGUUUAGCCUGUCUCCAUCAACCGAGUUUACGUGCAGAGAGAUAUUAAGGUGCUUAUCUCUGACCAAAGAAGGAAUUGAUGCAGUACUAUUGGUGUUUUCCUUGAGGAACAGGCUAACAGAAGAGGAGAAAUCUGUGGUUUUAGCAUUAAAGAUCCUAUUCGGAAGCAAAGUUUUAGACUACAUGAUCGUUGUUUUCACAAAUGAAGAUGCCCUUGAAGAUAACGGUGAUACGUUUGAGGAAUAUGUGAAUGACUGUCCUGAUAUCAAGGAAAUUCUCGAGGCCUGCAGUGACCGCGAGGUGUUGUUUGAAAACACGGUGAAAGCCUCUGACAUUCAGAGAGCUAAGCAAGUUCAAGAGCUCCUAAACUACGUUGAAGAAAUCGCAAGGACGAAUGAGAAACCGUAUAUGGACGAUUUAUCUCACGAGAUAAGAGAGAAUGAGACUGCUUUUCAAGAAAAGCAGAGGCAGAUUUUGGAAAUGAAGAUGAACCAACAAGACAUGUCUCAGAUGAUGAAAGAUACUCUGAAAUCACAUGAAGAUCAGCAGAUCAGUCACAUGAUGGAGAGGUUGGAGACUAAGCUGAGAGAGACAAAAUUGAGGCUAGAGCUGCAGCUGAAGAGAGAGCAAGCUGCUAGACUUGAAAUGGAGAAAAAUUCAAGUAAUGCAGUUGAUAAGCUCAGGACGGAUCUCGAGAGGGCCGAAAAAAUGACCAUGCAGCUUAAACGAAAUUCCAAAAAGUGCACCAUUCUGUGA